GUUCACACUCCCAUUUCACAUUUCAGUUCUAUUAUCAUCCUCUAUAUAUAUCACCACCACUGCUAUCCAUUCUCUCUAUCUCUCAACCUCAACCAGCUUCUAUCUCAUAUAAUAGCAAACAUGUCCAAAGCUACCACCACCCUCUUCAUCCUAUCCCUCCUCCUCUGCUACGCACUCUCCGAUGCCGCCCGCCCUCAGCCACUCCCUCUGCAAGACACUUUGGUGAAAACCCAACAUUUGGGUGAUGAAACUCAGCAAGUUGAGAUGGUGGAUGAGAGCUGUGAAGGAGUUGGAGAAGAAGAGUGUUUGAUGAGAAGGACACUCGCUGCUCACGUUGACUACAUAUACACCCAGAAGCUUAAUAAACCAUAGAAUUGUUGGUUGUUCAUUAAUUAAUUACCUUCUUAGCAAAUAGCAAAUAUAGCACCUGGUAAUAGUAAUAAGAUAUUUUGAUCACAAAAUAUUGUAUGUAGCUUGGUAAUUAUAACUUGUUGCUUAAGAACUCCCAAAGUUAAAUUAACUGGACUUUAAUCUUCUUUUCUCAAUA